UGCUCGAUGCACUGUCAAUCGCUUAAAUGUGGUUUAGUAGCAUUUACAAGGAUAGGAAGACUAACAUGGCUGCCAAGAUAUCCCAUUGGCUCACAGGGUUGUCAGUCAUUCUGUUAGUUUCCCGGGGCUCCUAUUGGCUGAUAUCGCUGUCAGUUGUCUCUGACGGUGCGGGUGAUUUUCCUGGUGCGCUGUUGCAACAAAUAGAGAGGAGUUAUCUUGAGCAUGAAGGGGAGGUAUUAGCCUAUGGGUUGUGUUGCUUUACCAGUUAGCCACAUGUAUGCUAAUGUAUAGCUGCUCACUAGCUCUUUAAAGCAACAUUCUUGUUAGCAUUUCAAGGGGAUAUACAUCAUAACAUAACAUUUGAAUAACUAGCAUUAGCAGUUAUUUUGGUCCUUUCACACACGGGAUACUCUUCACUGGUGUGGAUAUUACGCUUAUCCACAAUUCAUUAGACUACUGCAGGAUACAAGUUGUUAUCAUUAAAAGAUCCCAAUGGAUAAAAAAAACUUACGAAAGCUUCGGAAUGAGGACAAUAACCCAUGCAUAGACGAAAGUAAUGCGUCCCAGCAGUGUAUGAAUGUCAACAGCUAUGACAAGAACAUGUGUACAAACUAUUUCCUGAGAUAUAAGAGCUGUAGGAAAUACUGGCAAAACAUAAUGGUGCAGCGGAGAAGAGAAGGAGUGAAACCGGACAUGCCGACGGCUGCAGAGAGGCAGGAGAUGAUCGCUGCUAUCGGAGAGAAACCUUACUGAUAUCAGCAGAAACUCAGAGACACUGUGAAGGCCAGCGAGGCCCGGACAUUUACUACAAGCUGUGCUGCUGCACUGGCUGGGUUCACACUGACCCAAAGCCUGACCCAUCCUAAGCUCAGGGCGUGUGGAAGUGCCCGCUUACUGGUCUGUUGUGGAAUAAAAGGGAAAAGGAGGGAUUUCACAGAAAGAUAUCAGAUGUCAUAUUUAUUGAGGAAUAAAAACAAUGGGACUUGAACUGAAACAUCAUUCAAUUAGCUUUAUAAGCUGUUAUGUCCCGUAAUGGUAUUACAGAAGUUGCACUGUAGUCACAACUGUUGAGAUUAAUAUUUAAUCUUAUCAAAAGUAGACUUACUUUUUCCCAUGAGAACUGUAUAUUCUACAGUUCUCAUAUGUAAAAGUAGGUCUACUUUGUCUUUGAAAUCUAAAGCAUUGUUGGGACUAGCUCAGCUGUGGAUUCUACCUGGCCAACAUGUUGAAGUCUGCAGCAUGUGUGAUGGAGUAUUGUAGCAUCUCCUUUCGCAUGUCAUACUAGUUAUUUUAUUGCAUACAAAUCAUGCAUAUUCUGUCCUGUAUCAUUCCCUACUAUUCUUUGCCUUUUCCUGUUCUCCUAAAAAACUAAGAUUGUCGGUCAUGAAAAACAACAA